AUGUCCAGCUUAGCUUCUCAGCUUAAACAAAUCAAUGAGAAGACUUCUUCUAUAGCCUUAAAUAGGCAACAGAGGUCAAAAAUCCAUUCACGUUCUUUGAUAUUUGACCCCAAAACUGCAUCAACUCAGGAUUAUGAUUAUAUUUAUGAAAUAGCUCUUGAAGGGUUGGAUGAAUUGUCUUCGUUAGAUUCAAGGUUCAACAAAUUUAAAUUAUCAUUAUUCAAUCCAGACUCAAUAAAUUUGGACCGAAACGUACAAACUGAAGAUACAAUCAAGCAAUUAAAUUUAAAUAUAAAUGCAUUUUUCACAUUACUCGGACCAUACUAUUCCUUCAAUUGUGCAUUAACAGCAAGUGAAUGGUUGAUUAGAAGAUUUCAAGCAAACAUUCACAACGCUGAAUACCUAAUUUUAAGUUCAUUACCAUAUUAUCAUGAUGCCGUGUUGGUAAAAAUUUUGAAUGUUAUUCCCAAACAAAAUAUACCUCCCAUUUUUCAAUGGUUGUCAAAUUUCAAAGAUCAGUUAAAAAAUCCAACAUCGCAAUCAAUAUUUAAAGUUUUCUUUGGUGACGAAGCAUUAUUCAAAUUUUAUUCAUCAUUUUUCAAUGAUCAAAUUGAAAAUCAUACCAUUUAUAAAGAGCAGUUGGUAUUUUAUUUAUCUAUUACUAUACAAAUCAUGGCAGCACUGAAAAGAAUUAAUGAUUUGAUACCCGAAAUUUUGAAAACUGUGCAGCUACUUUUAUCCCAAACAGAGGGUGUUUACUAUUCCAUUACAGAGUUGAAAUUAACAGCAUUUUCGAUUCUUUCAGUUCUUUCGUCGGUUGCACCUUUAAAAGCUGACAUUAUAGACUCAUUAAUUCAAUUAGUUAUGCAAGACUUAACAUUGUUGAAACCUACAAUCACAUUACUUGUUCAAUUAUACAACAACGACGAUGCUGAUUCACAGUUUUUAAAGAAUUUAAAAAUAACUCCAGAAUUGAUUAAUGUUUUAAAAGAACUUCAAAAUUCAAAUUUCCAAUUGAAUAAUUUCGUUUGUAAGUUGUACAAAGAAAAUUCCAAUCCUGAGUUGAUACAAUUCGUGGAUUUGAACAACGAGUCAACAUACAAAAGCAUAGCUGAUUCUACGAUACAACACAUUAUUAGCACAGCAGAUGAUUCUUUUGCAGACGUAGUGAAGAAUUUAUCAAAAAACAAUUUAUUUCCUGACAUCUUGAAAAAACACAGUUUGAGUAUAAAUGAAUUGGAAUUAAAAGUUCAAACUACAUUGACGAACAUAGACCAACAAGCGGAUGAAUUGCUAGAACCAGAGGAAGAAACUGAAAAUAAAGAGAUUGGCUCAUUUGAUUUUCCACAAACCACAACUUCAAACUAUUUAUCAAACGAAAGCGAUUUUAAUGAUAUAUCAACACUAUUGGUGAAAUUUUCCAAUUUGUCCAAAGGAACUGUUUCUUCUUUGUCAUUUUUUUCGCACAAAGUAUUCGGGCUGUUAGAAACGGCCACGUCAUUUUUUCUACGUGUUGCAUACACUCCUUCCAUACCACUCAUUGUUAGAAUAAACUCAAUCAAGCUUAUAAAUUCAAAAAUUAAAGAAAGUUCUGAUGGAAAGACGGAUUACUAUCUAUUACUCCCUUUGUUAUUAUUAGGAUUGAAUGAAAAACAAAAAAGUUUACGUCAAGCAACAUCACAAUUAAUAAAAACUAUUGAGAAUAUUACCAUAUCAAAUCAUACGGAUAAAAAGAAAAAAACCGAAUUUUUCAUGGAAAAUGAAAUUUAUGGAUCAGGAGAAAAAAAAUUGAUUUCUCCGCAAGAUGCAAAAACUUUAUUGGAAACGAUCAAAUUAGAUGAUGUUAUUUUUGAUCAUAAUCAAUUCAAGAAUUUAUUAACAAACAUUUUUCAAAUCAAAAUUGGUAGAAAAAAUUUGGGAUCGGUGUACAAAACCUUUAUUCUUUCACAAUUGACACUUCCUUUACCAUUAGUUUUCAAAAUUCAUGCAUGGUCUUUAACAGAAGAAAGAACUAGUUUUUGGAAUGAUGUAAAUGCAUAUUUUACUACGAGACCAAAUUGGGAAGCACAAGCUAUAGCUGCAGGUAUUUUAAUUUCUUCCGUCGAUAACGCCAUAAUUAAUCUAGUUGGUGGUGAGACCAAUACUGAGCAAGCCGACAAAGAUGCCGAAUGGAUUGCUAAAGGAUUAGAAUCUCAAAUUGCUGCUAAAGUCGAUCAAAGAAUUUUAGAAAUUUUUCAUUAUUUUAAAACUUUGGAAACACAACUAUUAAUAGUCAACAAGCUUAUUGAACUUUUGAUAAAUGAUGAAUAUGUAAGUUUCGAUCCAAUGGCCACUUUGCAACUGUUACCACUAAGUUUUGAUUUAUUUUUACAAGCUUUAAAUAAUGUUCAAAUUGGAGAUAUGCCAGAGCAAGGAUUAGUUAAAAGAAGGAGAAGAUCUUCGAAUUCAACAAGACAAGCUAUGGCGAAAGAGGAUAUGAAUUCUCUUGCAUCAUCACAUAUUAGAAAAUUAGCUAUAUUACUAGAGAUUUUAGAAAAGAAUUUGAGAUCCAAUCCAGAACUUGCUCAACCUAAAUUACUUAAAGUAUUGUUCAAAAUAUUGACAGAUUUGUACUAUUUAGGCAAUGACGGAAAUUUACCUAUUCUAUAUAAUCAAGAACUUCUAGCUACUUGUAUGUUAUUAACCAUUGGACAAUUGAAAAACAAUCAUCAUAAAUUUGAUUCAAACUCAAUUAGGGCAGAUUUGAUAGUAAAUUCUAUAAGAAAUAGUUCAUCACCACAAAUUCAAAACAAGCUUUUAUUGGUUGUAUCUGAAUUAGCUGCAUUAUCCCCAGAAAUUAUAUUACAUUCAGUGAUGCCGAUUUUCACUUUCAUGGGUGCUCAUACUAUCAGACAAGAUGAUGAGUUUUCAAAUAAAGCAUUACAACAAACUAUUGCUAAAGUUAUUCCAGCUUUGGCUAAAAACUCCGAAUCAAUUACAACAGAAGUUGAAUUUUUAUUAGCAAGUUUUACUGCAGCUUUUCAACAUAUUCCAAAACACCGUAGAGUUAAAAUUUUUGUUGCUUUAACUGAAACAUUGGGUCCUGCAAAUUCUAUGCACAUUAUUUUGUUUUUAUUAGCAUUAAAGAAAUCAGAAGCUGUGUUAGAUUUUGUUGAACUUUAUUUGAGGUCAUUUUCUGCCGAGGAUCAAUUGAUUGGAAUUGCAAAUUUUACUAAAUUGAUUAAGGAAUUACCAACUCAAUUAGAAUUGAACUCAGCUGAGUAUGAAACAUUAAAAGCUAGACCAGUCUUUGGAAAUUCAAUUGUUACACUUACCAAUGAGCAACUUUUAGAUUCAAGGUUUUCAAUUUUAGAAUUUUUAAAUACGACUUUACGUUUGGAUUCAACAAUGGAUGCCUCAUCAUUAAAAAGUAAGGUUGCUAUUGCAUUAGAAGAAAAGAAACCAAUUAUGGGAGAAUUAAGAGAAUUGACUACUUUUGCAUUGAGUGAACUUGAAGUAUUUGCAGCUAAUCUUAAAAUUUCAAACGAAUUGUAUAAAUUAUUAAGUAAUUUGCUUGAUUUGUUGCCAUUACCAGAUUUUGUUGAUUCGGUCAUUGAAUUUUUAGAUGUUGAUAUAUUAAGUGAUAAUACUUCGAUUAAUGUUGCUAAGAAUUAUGCUAUACUAGCUGCUAGAAAGUUUGAAACCUUAUCGAAAAGUUUGAUCCUGAAGGAGACAGUGAACAAAUUAUUAGAUGUCUUAUUAAAAGGUAUCAAAAAGAAUCUAGAUCCUGAAUUACAACAAUCAUAUUUAGAUACAUUUGCAAUAGUGGCACAUAAAUUCGGAGAAGUGGACAUGAGUUCAUUGAACAUUUUAACCACAGAUUGUGGUUUGUUAAAUGAUAAAGAAGAGGUUGUUAUUUCUGCUAUUAGUGCAAUUAUUAGUAUUGUUAACAUAUAUGGAGUUAAAACUCUUGGGUUGUUUCCCAAAAUUAUUCCACCAGCAUUGAAAAUUUGGGAAAAGUCUGACAGUUUAACACAAGAAUCAAUUCUACUUUUAUUGUCAUGUUACAUAAAGAAAAUACCCGCUUUUAUGGUUACUACAUUAGACUCCAUUUUGGUUACUAUUUUAAAUAGUGAAACCGAUAUGAAAGCACCUGUGUUACAAUUAAUCAUUGAUCAUAUGGAUACAGGAAUGGUUUUGAAAUCACUUUGUAACGUCUGGACAAAAAUAUAUACUAAUGCUGCAAAUAUUGGACAUUAUUUGAACACAAUGCAAAAGGCUAUAGAUAAAUUAGAUAAAAAAACUGCUACUCAACAAGGCUCUAUGUUUAUGAAAUGGUUAAUUAAUGCUUUUGAAUUUAGACAAAUAUCUGAAUUUGAUCAAAAUGCAAUUGGUAGGAUUGAAAGUUCAGUUCAUUCAUGUGCUAUAUCAUACGUUAUGAAAUUGAAUGAUAAAAGUUUCCGUCCUUUGUUUGCUAACUUGGUUCGUUGGGCAACAGAUGGGGAAGGAAGUUCAGUGAAAAUUGAUUUAACAUCUAGAUUAUUAUCUUUUUACAAGUUUUUCAACAAAUUACAAGAACAAUUAAAAAGUAUUGUUACAUCUUAUUAUUCUUAUGUAAUGGAUGCUACUACUACUUCACUUAAAGAAAAUGCAUAUGGAGAUGUUAGUCUUCGAAGAUUAAUUUUAAUUUCACUUUCAUCUUCAUUUAAUUAUGAUCAAGACGAAUAUUGGUCUCAACAAGGUAGAUUCGAUAGUAUUUGUCAACCAUUAAUAUCACAAUUAAAAACCAUUGAAGAUUCAAUUGGUAAAUAUUUAGUUAAAGCAAUUGCAGCGUUGGUGUCAGACGUUACAUCAAAUGAAUACAACGAAAUAGUAUUAAAAGAAUUACUUCAAUAUGUUUCGUAUGACAAUGAGAAUUCAUCAAAAACUAAAAUUUGGACUAUAAAAUCAUUAAAAUUAAUUUUUCAAAAAAUGGGAGAACAAUGGUUACCAUAUUUGCCAACACUAGUACCACAUAUUGCUGAAUUAUUAGAAGACGAUGAUGAAGCUGUUGAAUUAGAAGUCAGAGAAGGUUUAGUUCGUGGUAUCGAAAAAGUUUUAGGAGAACCUUUAGAUAGGUACUUAAAUUAG